AUGCUUGCCGAGCUGGUCGUUUGUCUCUCACACCGCUAUUGCUGCAAGGCGUCAUCCCCCUUCCGAGAGGUGCUGAUGAAUCUCCGAGUGCUGAUUCUCAUCAUUCCCGCGUGUGUUCUCGUCUCAGUGCUGCAACUGUUCGUGCUGCGCAUGGAGCUUCACCGUCCGUUGCGCUCAGCUUUCUUCGCUGCACUGAUGCUCGUCAUGGCCAUUCUUUGGCGUUUUUUGAAAGGCCAUGCUUGUGCCAAGGGUCUUGCUGGUCGUUCUGUGCCUUCUAACGCGCACAUGGUAGGUGCGCCUUCUAACGGUUUGGACGACCAAGAGUAUCCAUGUAGUCGAGUUUCUUUGUGA